ACGCGCAACUCUGUUAACGAGAUGUCCUUCUUAGUUCAAUUUCAUUUCCAAAUACGUAGACAUCAACUACUCCAAUGGCGAAGGUACCCCCGCUUUCCGCAAUUUUCAUCUCACUAUUACCUGUCCUAGUCGCCGUGUUCCUCUACCAGCUCGACAGAUUCGACCCGGCUCCGUAUCCGGAGCACGAACUGACCCAGAAGGAACCGCCCUUCUUCGUCCCCAAUCGGAACAGUCACAUGCUACGGGGUUCGGAAAAAAUCGGGUAUGGUCAGUUGCCGGCGCCGGAAGAUAUUGCUUAUGACGCCAAGACGGGUGCACUAUACACCGGUUGUGAAGAUGGGUGGGUCAACCGUCUCGUUCUGAACGCUUCAGCAGCCGACCCGGUGGUGGAGAAUUGGGUCAACACUGGUGGCAGGCCGCUUGGACUUGUUCGAGGACUCCACGGCGAAGUUAUCGUUGCAGAUGCUGACAAGGGUCUAUUAAAUAUAAGCAGCGAUGGCGUGAUAGAAUUACUGACUGAUGAGGCUGAGGGUGUGAAGUUCAAGCUAACUGACGGUGUUGAUAUUGGUCCUGAUGGCAAACUGUACUUCACGGAUGCUUCAUACAAAUACAGCUUCAAGGAGUAUUUUCUGGAUUUGUUAGAAGGUAGACCCCAUGGCAGAUUCUUGGCUUAUGAUCCAUCAACAAAAAAAACACAGGUCCUGGUAAAAGAUUUAUACUUCGCUAAUGGUGUUGCUGUCUCCGCGGAUCAGAGUUUUGUUAUUUUCUGUGAAACAGCCAUGAGGAGGUGCAGAAAGUACUACAUAGAAGGUCCAAGAAAAGGAACGAUAGAUACAUUUAUUGAAGAUUUGCCUGGUUUACCUGACAAUAUAAGAUAUGAUGGCGACAACCAAUAUUGGAUAGCAUUAGGCACGGAAGCAAAUCUUUGGAAGCUCCUACAAAAAUAUCCGUUCGUUCGGAAGGUCAUUGUGAUCGUUGAGAGGUACAUAGGAAGACCAAAUACUGAGAAGAAUGGAGGGCUUAUUGCCGUUGAUUUGGAUGGAAAACCAACAGCACACUAUUAUGAUCAGGAUAUGUUUUUGGUCUCAAGUGGCAUCAAAAUAGGGGAGCAUUUGUACUGUGGUUCAAUAGUCUUUCCAUAUAUUACUCGUCUCAAUGUUAGCCAAUAUCCUGCAACUCCAGCAGCAUGAGCACGGACGCUCCUAGGAUCUGUUACUGUACGUUUGGAAAGCCAAGGAUUCAAAACUCUUCUUCCGUGUACGGGAAUCAUCAACAUGAAUUACACUUUUAGCUUCUUAGUGUCUUCUCAAAGAAUCUGAAUGUAGAAUUUAGGGCCUGUUAGUUUGUGUUUUUAUUUUCAGUUUUCAGUUUUUAAUGAAAAUAUGUAUUUUUAAUUUUGUAGAAACUUUGAUGUGAAAUGAGAAUAUAUUUUAGAUUAGUUAGUAA